AUGGUGCCAUUUGCAAUAUUCAAGAAGUUAUACCCAUUACCAACAUCAAGAGAUCGUAUGAUAAUUAUCUUUGUUACUAAAGAGGAAUUGGCUAGUAACAAGGAACUAGAUCAUUUCCGAAAACAUGUAACAAGUCUCGCUGCGCUAGACUUCUUGGUUUGCUUAAAGUCCGAUGUAUUUGUGAUGACUCACGGUGGCAAUUUUGCCAAGCUGAUAAUUGGAGCCCGUAGAUACAUGGGACAUCGUCUGAAAUCCAUAAAGCCGGACAAGGGGAUCAUGUCGAAAUCUUUUGGGGACCCCUACAUGGGAUGGGCACCUUUCGUCGAUGAUGUUGUGGUGACACACCAGACCCGAACUGGUCUUCCUGAGGAGACAUUUCCUAACUAUGAUUUGUGGGAGAAUCCUCUAACACCAUGCAUGUGUAGAGCAUAG